GCUCCCACUUGAAUGACAGCAUUAAAUGGACGCGCCGAAGGAGGGAGUGAAAUUGAAGAAUUAGCUUAGUGCAACAUGCUUUGUUUUUUACUUUACUAAAGGGAGUGGUAUAGGAGGUUAGGCAAACGAAACCAAUAUUGGAAGAGGAGGCCCAGGCGUUCACUCCAGUUCGAUUUGAACAGACUGCAACAGAGCUACUCUUGCUCAGAAACAGGUUUACUUUUCCCGUUCACCAUAAGGCAAUGCUGAUACUUACCAUAAUUUAUUCUAAUUAUAUUUUCUGUGUGGACUUCCUGUAAUUGCACUGAAAUAUAAGUGAGACACGAAUCGAUUACAGCAUCCUCUACAGGAAAAUUUAAAACGAUAAACGACCAUUUAACCCACAUGCUCUGGUAAUGCUAAUUAGACAGAAGCUUCAGAUUCCAGUCUAAGGAAACAAAUUUCCUGGUAAAAGCAAGCCUUCCAUUCCGACCGGAUUAUCGAAAUAGAGGGUAUUCUACAAAAAGAGCGACAUGAAUCGGUGGUCGCGCGAAUAAAAUGCAUUUUUUAAGGAGCGCUCUUAACGCGUUUCUAAUUAAGGACAUGCCGGGGUAAUCCACAUGGGACAACUCCUUACGUCUGCAACAGAGAAUAAAAAGUCAGGGAACCCAUGCCGGAUGCGACAAACUCCAUCAAGAGACGCAGCGGAGAAAAAGUUCCUGACGGACUUGCAUUAUUUUCCUCCCACUCUGAAGUCGGCACAAUCAACAGAUGACUGAAGUUUCAUCAUUAUACACAUAUAAGAACCUGCUCCUCCGUCUGACAUGGUGCACUAGCGCCUGGAAGUAACCUACCUGGGGAACACGGCUACGCUGACAGAAUCUGUUUAGUUUGAACGGCAUUAACUUUUAUAAUCCUCGAACACACAGGGAGUCCCGCUAAACAAACGUGACAUAGAUUCGCAACGGGAAAAACACAGGGCUUUAAAAGAAGACGCGGGACGGAGGGUCUCGCCUUGUUCACUCCUCGGUAGCGAUGAGCGCCCUGCGCACACCUGUCUUGAUUGGACUCCUACUGUUGAUAUUCACCGCCGGAUACUGCAAGCAGAGCGCCGUUCCCACGGGCGUCCGGGACGGCCGGAGCCUCUUGGAGCUCAUCAUGGACAAAGUACGAGUUGCACGGGAGCAUCACACGGAGGACAGCGAGAGCAGCGUGCAGCAUGCGUCCAGAAAACAAGAAUAUUCUAUCGAGACAAAGGAAGUGAAUGAAGUGAACAAAUCACAACACAACGAGCAAAUUUUAGAAAUUUUUCCAAGAGAUCUUAGACAGAAGGAUAAACUUUUGAAACACUUAACAGGGCCGCUAUACUUCAGUCCAAAGUGUAGCAAACUCUUUUAUAGAUUAUAUCAUAAUACCAGAGACUGCACAAUACCUGCCUAUUAUAAAAGAUGUGCACGACUACUGACCAGGUUAGCAGGGAGUCAGAAAUGCACAGACGGAUAGAUAGCAACAGAUUUCAACAGACAAGAGCAAAGAAAAGAAAAACAAGAAAAAAAAAGUGCCUUGGACAAAAACAGGGAAAUCAGACGAACUCGACAGAAUCGUAUUUGUCUUUGUGAAGAAGUUUUUUUGUUCUGUUUUUUGCAACAAAGUGGAUUAAUGUCCAUAGACUUUCUCAAUACGGUGCAUUGUCAAUGUUGUCUGCUGACAAGUCGUGAUCUCACCAGUGAUCUCUCUGUUAAUGAAAAAUGGUGCAAAUGAAGAUGUUUAACAGAUGAAAAAAGACGAGAAGAGCAAAAUGUUAUGUCCUGCUGCCAAAAAAGACAAGCUACAUGGACGGUACUACGACCAGUAUAUGCUCCAGCGACUUGCCUUCCUAUAGCGCUCUCUCUGUGUAUCGUGUAUGCUCAGUGCUAACGGCUAUUCCUUUGCUAAAGAAGGCUUCUCGAUCCAUAUUCCCAACAACUUCAGUCACAUUCCUCCAAGCCAGAAGUAAAUCCUAUGAUUGAAUUAUGAAUUGCACGAUUUUCUCUUGCCUUCUUUUGGACUAUGCGAGAUAUUUUAAACAGAGCUGAGUUAGGAGUAGCUGAUUACAGUUUAUAUUGAGAGAAAAAUCAGAGUUGUCCUGAAUAUGAAUGUUAUAUAAUAUAUAUAUUUAUAUAUUCAAGCUAUUGUCUAUUGUUUCUGCACAUUAAAUAUAUGAAAUCCC